AUGAUGAAAAAUUAUGAUGUUGUUGGGCAUGAUGAGCCUGUUUACGAAAGGCGCCCCACAAGGCGUGGAGGGAGAGAAUUUAAUGGGUUUUACGAAGCUGAUUUUGAUGCUGAUGAGAUUUUCAGGAAUUUCUUCUUUGGAGGAAUGCACCCAGCAGCAACAACUCAAUUUCAGGGGUUUAGUUUUGGACCUAGAAUGGGUGCUAGAACUGAGCCAAUUUACAGUUUUUCAAGAAUAUAUCCGUAUGAGCAUUGGUUUACUACACAAAAGGGUGUUGAAUUCUAUGUGAGUUCAGGGAAGUUUGAGCUGGAGUAUCCUCCUAAUAGUCCUGAACGCAUGGCAAUUGAGCAGAGGGUUGAGAAGGACUACUACUCAGCUCUUGUGCAGAAUUGCCGGCUCGAGUUGCAGCGUCUUCAAUGGGGUUGGAUACGGGAAACACUCAAUUGUGAUGCGUUGAAAAAAUUUGAGAUGGUGGCCUGA